UACAUUUUAUAUUUAUUUCUAACUGACCUCCAACGCCAUGUUGUUCCUCCCACGCAUGCGCAGGUGCGUAGACGAGGUCGAAUUGAAGAGAUUUCUUGUUUUUCUCUAACAGAAGACAGCAAAAUGCCGUCGGACUAUGAUAAAGAUGCGUACCCGGAGCCUCCCCGCCAGACUCCCGUCGUGGACAAGCAGACGACCCUUCCCAACCCAGCCCUGAUUUUGACUAAACUCUUCUAUUAUUCCGUGGACCUCCCUGUCACCACAUUCAGAGGUGAGCUAGCUAGCUAGCUAGGCUAACGUGUUGCCAAUGAUUUUCAUAACUAAGCCAUCGGUGGUGUUGCUAACACUUUCAAAUGUCAGAUGAAUGUGCACUGCAGAUAAAUUGAUUCAGUUAGCUAAUGUUGGCUAUCUAGCGUGAUACGUGGAGGAGACUAGUCUCGCGUGGCAAGACUAUUUGGAGACCGACCAUGGACAAAACAUAUUUAUAAUCAUAAUUCAGGAUUUCAAAUGUUAGAUGAAUGUGCACUGCAGAGAAAUGUAUUAUUUUAGCUAAUGCUACCUAACAAGAUAGCUAAACUAGCAAGUGUUGCUGUUAUGCUAUUUACCUAGCUAGGUAGCUAUGUGUGUUGCAGUUUUAGUUACGGUUUAUUCAGGUGUAAUGCAUAAUGUUGUUGCAGCGCAAUGCAAUUGACACUCGCUAGAUACUACUCAAAUUUCCUAUUACUGUAAUUCAUGAUCUAGAAAUGCAUCCUUCACCUCUUUCCAGUGAUAUCACUGAUCUAACAUAAUUGGAUAACUAGGUGAAAGCCAAUGUUCCACAUAGCUUUCACCAAUCCUGUCUUGUGAGAUCAGUGAGCAAUAGGACUCCUUAAGUACUUUGUACCACAUGAUCAACAAGAGGUCAAUGUUGACAUGCUCCCCUCAUCUCUCAACAGAACUUGUGGAGGGUAUCCACUCAGGCAACAAGUACAACUACUACCAUCAGAAGUUCCGCCGUGUCCCCGAGCUGACCGAGUGCACAGAGGGAGACUACACCUGUUACUAUGAGGCUGAGAUGCAGUGGAGGAGAGAUCAGUAAGUAUUCCUCUUUCAAGCUCAAGGGCUGCAGUGCCUCUGGCUUUACUUUCCUCCCAAUUAAGGUAAUUGAUUACCUUGGAAGUCCAAAGUCACGGUUUUCCAGUCUGAAACAUUAAAAGAAAGAGUGAAAACCAGCAAACACUGUGGUUCUUCAGAAGUUUGACACCCCUCUACACCAACUCUCAUUAUGAGGAAAAACCCAUUGACUGGAUUAAAGGACAAGACAUACUGUAACGAAAGGUCGGCCAUCUUAUCCAGAGCGACUUAGUUAGUGCAUUAAUCUUAAGAUCGCUAGGUGGGGCAACCACAUAUCAGUCAUAGUAAGUCAUUUGUUUUCUGAAAAAUCUGAGUCGGCAUCAAUCGGUUACUGUGGAGUUGACCUUACCUAGUCCGACCCCAAGAGAUUAAUGUAUUACACGCUGCUUUUAACCAUUCAUCGGCACGUCCUGUUUUGUCCUGUUUGGCGUAUUCACAACCACCCUUGUUCCUAACAGCUUAUGUUGUUUCCCCCCUCAGUAAGGUGGACCAGGAGAUAGUGAAGGUGGUCCAGGAGCGUCUGAGGGCCUGCCAGCAGAGGGAGGGUACCAGCUACCACCAGAACUGUUCCAAGGAGCUGCAGCAGUUUGCCGACGUGGCCAAGGCCUACCAGUCACGCUGUAAGUACCACUCACUCAGUCAUGCCUCAACUACCAUUCAGUGUUGCCAAUAUGGCAGUAACACUGUUGAUAGCACAUCCCUAGCAUCUACAGGGUAAGAAUGACAGCUAGGCCUAUGCUUCGCUCGAACCUCCAACUUUUCACAUGCAACCAGUGACGGCACCUGUUGUUGAAUCUGUGCAGAUGAUGUAUGAUGUUUUAAUUUCUGAAUAAUACUGAUGAAAAAACACACUGAUGCCAGAGAGAGAAAAGAUCAACAGACCCAAACCUGAAAAACUCCAGGUGUCAAUAAUUGGGUUGUGUUCAGUAGGCACCAAUGGGAGAAAACAUUUAGAAACUGAGGUGCUGCUUCCUGAAUUUCUCCAAUACGAAUAAUUUAAUAUGACCCCUCCCCGGCAGAAUUUUCUGCAGUCUUGUGGAAUGCAGAAACGGUAAGGCUGUGAGGCAACUGUUCCAUUGCAUUGUCAAACUGUUGUUCUUCCUCUGUUGUAGAUGGGGAUCUGGGAGCCUAUGCCAGCUCAAGGAAAUGUCUGAUGAAGCAGAAAGACAGGAUGAUGGCGGCCGAGGCGGAAGCUUAGACAAUGCAACCCCUAAUCACUGUUCCAAGUCUCUUGCCUAUGUAUGAAAUGUAGAGUAAAUAUGUUUAUUGGAGAGAA